AUGCAUCUCAAGAACCUUUUCGUCUCAGCAACGGCCUUUGCCGGUGCCUGCUUUGCUCAGAGCAAGGCAGGUGUCGAAGACCUCGACAAGGCCGGCAACGAUCUUUUUGAAAAGGACCUCUCCAAGUGUCCCGGAUACAAGGCUGUCAAGCAUUGGCAGACAAAGGAUGGCUUCUAUGCCGACCUUGCUCUCGCUGGACCGGCUUGCAACGUCUUCGGGACUGACCUUCCCAAGCUGAAGCUUGAGGUCGAGUACCAAACCAGCGAGCGUCUACAUGUCAAGAUCUUGGACACCAACAACACCGUGUACCAAGUUCCAGACAGCGUGUUCCCGCGUCCUGGUUAUGGGCAGUGGUGUUCUCCCAAGAACUCCAAGCUCAAGUUCGCCUUCAAGGCCGAUCCUUUCUCGUUCACGGUAUCCCGGUCCGACACUGGUGAAGUUCUUUUUGACACCAGCGGCAACAAGUUGGUCUUUGAGAACCAAUAUGUCUACCUCAAGACGAAUCUUCCCCCGAGUCCCCAUCUGUACGGUUUGGGCGAGCACAGCGAUUCGUUCAUGCUGAACACAACCAACUACACCAGGACCAUCUACACCAGAGAUUCCUAUGGAGUUCCCCAAGGCGAGAACCUUUACGGUGCCCACCCGAUCUACUUUGAUCACAGAGACAAGGGCACCCAUGGCGUCUUCUUGCUCAACUCCAACGGCAUGGAUAUCUUUAUCGACAAGAAAGCCGGCAAGCAAUUCCUUGAGUACAACAUCAUCGGCGGUGUUCUCGACUUUUACUUCAUUGCCGGUCCUUCUCCAAAGGAAGUAGCGAGGCAGUACGCAGAGAUCACUCAACUCCCGCUCAUGACACCGUACUGGGGACUCGGAUUCCACCAAUGUCGAUACGGCUACAGGGAUGUUUACGAAGUUGCUGCCGUCGUUGCCAACUAUUCUUCACAAAACAUUCCCCUCGAAACAAUGUGGACUGAUAUCGACUAUAUGGACCGUCGACGCAUCUUUACCAUUGACCCAGAGAGAUUCCCGGCUCAUCUGUACAAGGAUCUUGUCGACACAAUCCACGCAAGAGACCAGCACUAUAUCGUCAUGGUUGAUCCUGCUGUCUACUACAAGGAGUCCAACCCUGCACUUGAUGCAGGUCUUGAGUACGAUACCUUUAUCAAGGAGCCCAACGGCUCUGACUAUAAGGGUGUUGUCUGGGCUGGGCCGAGUUACUUCCCCGAUUGGUUCCACCCUGACUCUCAGAAGUACUGGACUGAGCAGUUUGCCGAGUUCUUUGACGGAACCAAUGGUCCGGAUAUUGAUGCUCUGUGGAUCGACAUGAACGAACCUGCAAACUUCUAUAACAGACCUUAUCCAGGCAACAACACGACUCCUGAGAAGUUUGCCGAGGUUGAUGGCGACCCUCCCAAGCCCCCUCCUGUUCGAGAUGGUCCCGAUGCGCCUAUCCCUGGGUUCCCGGAUAGUCUUCAGCCCAACUUUGCUUCUGGCAACAAGAGGGAAGUUGCCUCUGUCGAGCACACCAGCCUCCGCCCUCGCUCCAACCGUAACCACGGUGCCGGCAACUGGCGUUCUUCCAGCCACCAAUGGGGCCAAAACCGUCCCGGCCGUCCAGGUUCCAAUUGGCAGCACGGCAAGCGCACAGGUUCAGGCUGCGGCCCCGACGAGUGCAAGGGUCUUCCCAACCGCGAGCUCAUCAGGCCACCCUACAUGAUCCAGAACGGUGCUGGACCUACUCUUGCUGACAGCACGACUGAUACGGAUCUUGUCCAGAGCGGUGGUUACGUUCAGUACGAUACUCACAACCUUUAUGGAGCCAUGAUGUCGACCCAUUCGCACAAUGCUAUGCGGGCUAGACGUCCUGAUAAGCGUGCUCUUGUCAUUACACGAAGCACUUUUGCCGGAUCUGGCAAGGACGUGUCGCAUUGGCUUGGAGACAACAUUUCCGGCUGGCUCUGGUACCGUCACUCCAUCAGCCAGAUCCUCCAGUUUGCAUCUCUCUACCAGGUUCCCGUCGUUGGACCAGAUGUCUGUGGCUUUGGUGGCAACGUCACUGAAACUCUUUGUGCUCGAUGGGCCGCUCUUGGUUCCUUUUACACUUUCUUCCGCAACCACAACGAGAUUUCGGCCAACUCGCAAGAGUUCUACCGCUGGCCCAAGGUGGCAGAAGCAGCCCGCAAGGGAAUUGCCAUCAGAUACCAACUCCUCGACUACAUCUACACCGCCAUCUACAAGCAAAAUCAGACCGGCACCCCAACCUUGAACCCUCUCUUCUUCAACUACCCCAACGAUCGUAACACGUAUCCCAUCGAUCUGCAAUUCUUCUACGGUGAUGGCAUCCUUGUCAGCCCUGUUACCGAGGAGAACAGCACCAGUGUCAACUUCUACCUCCCAGACGACAUCUUUUACGAAUGGGGUACCGGAAAGCCCGUCCGCGGACGCGGCGAAUAUGUCGAUGCCGAGGUUGAUGUCACCGAUAUCACCAUUCACUACAAGGGUGGUAUUAUCUACCCCCAGCGAGUAGAGAGCGCCAACACCACCACCGCCCUCCGAAAGAAGGGUUUCAACAUUGUGAUCGCUCCCGGCCUUGAUGGCUCUGCCAAGGGAUCACUGUACCUUGAUGACGGCGAGUCACUCAUCCAGGACGCAGUUUCCGAGAUUGACUUCAAGUAUGCCAAGGGCAAGUUCAGCAUGACCGGGUCGUUUGGCUACGAUGUUGGUGUGAAUAUUGAGACAAUCACUAUUCUUGGAGUGAACCGCAAGCCUUAUGGAGGUGAUGCGGAAUAUGACAGCAAGAAUAAGAAGCUGGUCUUGCACGUGGAUGUGCCUCUGACGGGUAAAUAUGAGAAGAAGAUUUUGUAA